AUGGCCAUUGGCAAAUUCGUGGGCGGCUACGUCUUCCAUUCGCAGGCCCUGAUCGCCGAUGCAUACCAUGCCCUUACUGAUCUCGUGUCGGAUUUCCUGACGUUGGGGACGGUGGCCUGGUCGCUCAAACCCCCGACCGAGCGGUUCCCGAACGGCUACGGGAAGAUCGAGAGUAUCGGCGCGCUGGGCGUGAGCGGAUUGUUGCUUUGCGGUGGAGUUUUCAUGGGCUUGAAUUCCGGGCAGGUCUUGUUGGAUCAAUUUUACCCUGAAGCCGCCCACGUAAUCUCCCACCUGGGAGUUGCGGGACAUGGGCAUUCGCACAGUCACGGAGUCGAGGUUCUCGGGCCUAGCAUUCACGCCGCGUGGCUGGCUGCCGGGUCUAUCGUUGUGAAAGAAUGGCUUUACCACGCCACGAUGAAAGUUGCCAACGAACGGAAAUCGUCGGUCCUGGCCUCGAACGCAGUCCACCACCGCAUCGACUCGCUCACGAGUAUCGUCGCCUUGUUCACCAUCGGCGGAACCUAUUUCUUCCAGAACGCUUCGUGGCUCGACCCCGUGGGCGGACUGCUUAUCUCGCUGAUGGUCAUUAAAGCCGGAUGGGGGAACACUGCCACGUCGCUGCUGGAGUUGGCCGACACCGCCGUCGACGAGGACAUCAAGGAAUCCGUGUCCAAGGCGGCGUCCAAGAUGCUGGCUAAAAUGAAGGACGGCGACGCGAUCAAGGUGCGCGAUGUCCAGGGUAUGAAAUCGGGACAGAACUAUCUGAUGGACGUGGAACUGGCGGUGCCUGGCGCAUGGCCGAUCAGCCGUUCGCGGGAGAUCGAGGAGGCGGUCCGAGCGGCCAUCGGCACGGGCGUCCGCGGCGUCAAGCGAGUCAAGGUUCGCUUUGUGCCUUUGGAGUACGAGGAGUUGACCUUCUCGGAGGAAUUUAUUACGUCAGAUGUUUCCUCGCAAGCCAACCCCGAACCCAAGGAGGAGGACGUGGAGGCGGAAUGCGAGGCGCAUGCGCACCACGAGCAUGGACAUGAGCACGAGCAUGAGCAUAAGCAUGAACACUCCGCCCGCAAGAGACGUUAA